GCCUGAUGUGAAGCGAAACAACAAAAAAACACAUCACAUCCUGCACAAACAAACUAAUCACAGUUUCUGACCCUAGACGAUACAGGAGCAGGAAGCUGUGGCGUCUGCCUGUGAAACAACCAGAAGGGUGUGAAGCAGGCCGACAGGCAGUUGGUCUGUGAGCAGCGACGAAGCAUGGACGUGUCGACGCUGUGCGCUGUUGUCGCCACUCUGGCCGUCCUUCCCAACCGGUCCCAGUUCUUCCGGCACGAGUCCGUCUCGCUGAGCUGCGGGCAGCAGGGAAACUCUUCUGCGUGGAGGGUUAUGAUGAACACGUCCAUGAAAACAAACCAAGAGUGUCACACGUCCGGGGCUCCGGGAAACGAAUCACACUGCUUCAUCGACUGCAUCUACCCGUUUGACACCGGGGUGUACUGGUGUGAGUCGGGGGCCGGAGCGUGCAGCAACGCCGUCAACAUCUCUGUCACAGACGGCACCGUGAUCCUGGACGUCCCCGUCCGUCCUGUGACGGAGGGAGACGAUGUGACGCUGCGCUGUAAAAACUGGACCACUCCCUCCUCCGGUCUCGCCUCUCGUUUCUAUAAAGAUCAGCUUUUCAUUGGCAGCAGCUCCACGGGAAGCAUGACCAUCGCCGGCGUGUCCGAGGCGGAUCAAGGCCUCUACAAGUGCAGCAUCUCUGGAGCCGGAGAGUCAACACACAGCUGGCUGGCUGUCACAGCAGGACACCGUGAGCCGCCUAACUUUCGCCUCCUCGCUCUCAUUCUACUUCCUGUGGUGGGCGCCUGCCUCUCGCUGGCCUUGGUGACGCUGCUCGGCCUCCGGAGCCGCUGCAAAGGCAAAAGUGACCUUGAUGUUUCGUACACUGAUGUCACCAUCGCACAGGAAGUGCAACCGCAGAGGAUCAGAGACGCAGACACUACUCAAACUUUCUACUCAACACUCAACCUGGAGGCCACAUGACGGGAGACGACAGCGCCUGUGUUGAAAUGUACCAAUCAAUCAAUUCGUGGAUGAAACUCAAGAAACUGGAGAGGAAGUCUGCGUCGUCUCUUUUGUGUGUUUGAUCUAUUCACACGUCGCUUUCUCUUCUUUGGGGGAGUUUUUGUCACAUUUAGUCUCUUUGUGUUAUGAACAAUUUCCAUCUUUGCCGACAUUCAUUUUCUCUUCGUGGUCGUUCUGUGUCUCUGAGGUAGUAUCUCGUAUCUUUGCAGUUUAUCCUCGUCUCUGUGUCUGAUAUUUCUUAACAAGUCCGAUGCUUGGGAGAAAACUAUGUUUAGCUUUGACUUGAUAAUAAUAGAAAGUGCGGUGGUUGAGCCAGUCACCCCACAUUCUUUUGGCUAAUGAUUUACUCCACUUCACGGUUCACACGCCGACGGGUGACGUCACGUAUCGGCGGGAGGAAGUGGAGGCGCGUCUAAAAAUAAUUUUGGUUCCAUACAACUACCAUGCUGACGUCAUUCAGUGACGACAUUUCCACUAGUGUUAAAAAAUUAAAGGAAAUCUUUUACUUGAUGGAACCUUCACUUUCAUCAGAAACUCCAGACAGUUCAUUUUGCAGUUCGUCUCAACUAAAGAACUUCUGGUUUUGUUUCUGUCGGUGGACAAAACCCCCCCCCCCCAAAAAAAACAGUGACAUAUUUAGACUUUUUCUGUAUUUUUCUACAAUUCUAUUUACAAUUUCACCAAUUCAUAGAAAAAAGUAAUUUGUGGUGAAUCAAAGUCGAAAUAGCUCGUUAAAAAUAAUAAGCUCAGAUUGAUUCAAAAUUAAGAUUCUGCUCAGACAUUCUCGGCCGUCAGAGGAUGAACCCCUCCGGACGUUAGUGACCCGCCCCGGACUUUUUCCUCUUGCGCCACCUUGAGGUUGUUUUUUUUGUUGAUUGUGCUUUGUGUUGGUGAGUGCACGUGUAAAGGCUGACACCUACUGGCCGAGUCGAGGCGUUGCAUCUGUAUCUGUUUAAAACCCCACGGAACUGUAUCAUGUGAAUAAAAGCUGUUGCUGGGAAACAGUCAA